UCGUUCUGUCUUUGUAUGCCAGGCAGCUGAGCAGCUUGUCCGUUUGAAUGUGCAAGGAUUGGAAGGGACCAUUUCCAUGGACCAUCUGUCUCACAGGCUAGCGAUACAACAAAGGACCCAGGAUGGUGUUAGUACAUGUCGGAUAUUUGGUUCUUCCCGUAUUUGGCUCUGUAAGAAAUAGAGUAUCGAGGCUGGCGCUACAUUCCGCAUUUCUCAGACCUUUGUCCCCUUCCAUUGUGUAGCUAACGAUCAUCUGCUGCUGUCUGCCGUAGCCUCUGCCUGUUCUCUGCAUCUAGCUGUAUUGUGAACCCCUUCUUCCUCAUUUCCUCUUUCCAUCUGAAGACGACAUUGGCAUUAAAACCCGAGUUCUCCCACUCAUACCAUGCAUAAUUCUCUCUUGCUUCAAUAUGGAAUGGCACCUAGCUGUUCAGGAGCACACUUCACCAGGCAUCAGCACAGCCAUGCUACCUCCUGCCGACAUUUUAACCUGGCGGCCCCCCAGGCUCCCGUCUCAGCAGAGUUCCCCCUGGGCCAUGCCAGCCAGCCCCCCCAGACUGGCCUGGCCCCCCACCUGUCCCCAGCCCCCCACCAACCUCCGGCCCUGCCGGCCCCCCCUCAGUUCCAGGACGUCCAGGGGCCUCCGUUUCUACCUCAGGCCUUACACCAGCAAUACCUCAUCCAGCAGCAGCUUCUAGAGGCGCAGCACCGCAGGAUCCUCCCACACUCCCGGCGAACACAGGAGCGCGUUCCUCUGAACCCUCACAGGCUCCGCUCGGGGUAUGACUACUCCCCUCCCCUCCACGUCCCCCAGCCAAUCGGCCAGCAGCCGCGCUACCUGGCCGAGGGCACAGACUGGGACCUCAGUGUGGACGCUGGCCUCUCUCACCAUCAGUACCAGCUCCAGCAGCUUCCACAGCACUAUCAGCAUUACCUGGCGGCAUCCCCCAGAAUGCACCACUUUCCCAGGAACACGACUUCUACUCAAGUGGUUGUGCACGAGAUCAGAAACUAUCCAUACCCCCAGCUACACCUGCUAGCUCUGCAGAGCCUCAACCCGUCGCGCCACGCUUCGGCUGUACGAGAGAGCUACGAGGAGCUGUUGCAGCUUGAAGACAGGCUGGGAAGUGUCAGUAGGGGAGCGGUUCAGACCACCAUAGAGAGAUUCACCUUCCCACACAAAUACAAGAAGAGGAAGCCUCUGGAUAUGAAGAUUGGUGAGAAAGACGAGGAGACUGACGUGGAUGAGAAAUGUACCAUCUGCCUGUCGAUGCUGGAGGACGCAGAGGAUGUCAGGCGGUUACCAUGCAUGCACCUCUUCCACCAGGGCUGUGUGGACCAGUGGCUGGCGACCAGCAGAAAGUGUCCAAUCUGCCGCGUGGACAUCGAGACGCAGCUCCAUCCUGACAGCUGAUGGCCCAGGGGGUGAAGCCUGACGGCCUGGCUGCUGUCAAUCACCCUGGUGUGUUUCCUGCUCCCAUCCACCCCGGCCCUGGUCCCUCCUCACACGGGUGCUUGCCAAAUGUCUCCAGACGUCAUGUGACAUCACCCUCUGACUCACGCUUUACUGAGCCAAUCCAGGAUUACUUACUGCACGAGAGAAUGGAGUCCCUCUCUCUCUCUUUCUCUCUCUCAAUAAAAGCACAUCCCCGGCAAAAAGACACACACACACACACACACACACACACACACACACACACACACACACACACACACACACACACACACACACACACACACAGGGUUUACUAGUUGCUUGCUGGAGGUGGGGUGUUGUUGCCGUCGUGUUGUUGUAGGUAGGGGAGGCAGGUGUGUGUCCUGUUUCCUGUGUCUUUGUAGCAUGUUCUUAAAGCCAUGACAUUAAUGUACUGAGUGAUUAACACACUACCCCACUUGCCAGCCAGCCGGCCACACACACACACACACCUUGCUUAUUCUGCCACAACAGGAAUCUAAAUCAAUCACGUAAAAGUCCUGUCGCCAUGUUUGCCUACAGAUCAUUUGUGGUAGUACAGUAGCAGUAUCAGACACAGCAAUACAGUAGUAGUACAUUUGCUUGGGACUGAUGCUGUCAUCAGUGUCGGGACAUAAUACGACUAUUUCACCGCUGCCAUGUCGGCCUGUCCCAAUGCUUGGGUUGGCGUGUGUUUGAGUAAAUAACACAGGUUAGUGAGUGUUUCACCAAAUGAGUUAUGGUAUCGCUUGACCUGCCGCAGCACGGGUUAACGUGUGUGUUCUGCCCCAGUGUGUGGGUUUCAGUGUGUAUUUAACCAAUGCGUGAUCAUGCGUGACAAACUUAAAGUGCGGGUUCAAGUGUGUGUUAAAGGGGAAUAUAGAAGUUAUAGAAGUUAGAUUAACGGUGGUUUGAUUGGAGUGCUUGUAGAAUACAAAGCCAAAUAAGGACUUUUAAAAAAAAAUGCAAAAAAGAAAUGUAGUAAGACCCAAUCCCCCAUCAUGCACUGCAGUGACUGGGUGAGGUGUGGGGCAUUCUGGGUAUGCAGGAGGGUUAGCUGCCCUGGAAACAGCAACUCUGUGCCAUCCCCUCCUGGCGCAGGCGUUAUGGCUGAGCAGUGUAAUGAAAUGCAUGUUUCAAUGUUGGCUUGGGCUGUUGUGUUAGCGUACAAAAAAAAUUACAAGGGGAGGGGGUUGUCUGUGCAUGACUUAGUUAAUCUGAGCUGUGACUAUCUUUCUCAACACUAACAAAGAAAAAAAGAACUGAGCACCACGUCAGCGGCUGUCCCUGACCUGUAGCGUGUGUUCAUCCUGCCCCUUUUUGGUGGCAAACAAAAUGGAAUCCUAUUGUGACGUUUACCUUAUUGCCUAAAGAACAAGCACACGUGAUGAUAGAUAUAGCAACAACCUCUUUCUUUGGUAUUGCAUUUGCGUUGGUUUCUGUAUAUUUCGGUAUAUAAACACGCAGUGUUUUGGACCCGAGGGAGGAGCUUAGUUGUUGAACUUGUGUUUUUGUGUGACAGAUCUCCCCUCGUUGUUGCUAUGCUGGUUUCUAUGCUGUAUUGCUAGAACAACAAUGUAGAAUGUUGUGUGAUGGAGGCAGUAUCCACAGUGCACAAGGACAGAGGUGGGGGAGGGGGGG